AUGUCGAAACAUAAAAUAACGUCUUAUUUUGAAACAAAUUCAGCAAAAAAAUGUAGAACGAGUAACACUGAUGGUAACGCAAAAAAAACUAUGAUUGAAAUGCAGACACAAAUGCCUGAUACACAAAUUCCAACGUCCACGUCUUCAAUUGAAGAACUGUCAUCAAGCAAUCAAGUUAGUUUAGUUGAUAGUACGGAUAUAGGAAAUUUUAUAAAUGAAACUGCAGAUGAUUUUACUAAAUCAUUAAUAGUUAAAAGAAGUAACAUCCCUGCAUCAAAUUUUAUUUUUCCUUUUUCAACCCACAUAAAAAAAGGGAAAGCUGAAAAACGGUAUUUGCGUGUCAAUCAUUUUGAGAAAUACUCGUGGUUAGAAUAUUCAAAUAUUAAACAUGGUUUGUUUUGUAAAACUUGUGUAUUGUUUCUGACUUCAAGUCUUGGUGGUAUGCAUAAGACACAACCCUUAAAAACCUUAGUAACUGAGCCCCUAAAAAAAUAUGCCAAAUUGCUAGGUAAAGAUGGAGCUUUGGAUGUACACAAUAAUACUAUUUAUCAUAAGAAUAAGUUUGACUGUUAA